AAACAAAAAGUUGAACAACGAAAUUUCACUUAUUUCCUCGAAAAAAUUUGUUUGCAAAAAGAAUACCAGAAAAAACUAAAUAAUAUUUUUAAAUUAAUUAAAUAUAAACAAAUAAAAAUCGAAAGCAAAAAUGAAUAAACGAAACCUACUUAACAAAAUGAAUCACAAACAUAAAUAAAAGUGAAUGGGAAGUGGAAAAAUAAAAAAAAUAUACUCUGACUUUUGUUAGAAUUCCAGAAGAAACGACAUAACAAAAUAAAAGAAGAAAAAAACUAAAUUUCGAUUUCUUUACGAAUUUUAAUUAGAGUGACAAUAAAGUCAAAAUAAUAAUUGUAUAAUUGCAUAUAGUGCCAAGUGAUAAUUGUCCCGAAAAAAAGCUCAAGAAGAAAAGGCAAAAGAAAAGAUCAUCACCACAAUAUUACAUACCGUCCGCACGCCCACUGCGGUUGCAAGGACAAAAGUGAGAGUUGCACAUAAUUUGUUGCUGCAGCAGCGUAUAGGCGUUCGGACCGAAAACAUAUAAAAUCAAUAAAAUGAGCGGCAAAGUUCGUUUAAAGUCGAAUGGAAUUUUGGAUGAAGAUCCAUUAACACUCCAGGAUAUUGUAUAUCGUUAUAUAUGCAAAAACCUAGAUGUUGUUAGAUGUGAGGACAUCGACGAUGACCAUGACAUUGAUGAUGUCGAUAAUGACGAUGAAAAACGUUAUCAUUUACGGGAUGGCAUCGUCUUACCAAAUGACAUUUGCGAUCGUCUUAUAGAUACGUAUCAAAAACACUUCUUUCGACAGUUUGAUGAUAAAUUUAUCAGUUUAUUUAGAGAUACAAACAGGACUUCAUUAAAUGUUGUACAUUUGCGUAAUAGUCAUUUAACAAAUUAUGGACUCGAAAUACUAAUGCGCCACAAAUUAUAUUCACUUUCGAUGUGGUAUUGUGACAACGUUACCGUACAAUCUCACGAACUACUCGCUCAUUAUGGUGAAAGUUUACGUUCGCUGGAAUUGGGUAUUGGAUCGCAUAUGCUACAGAACGCUGAGCCGAAUGAUAAAGAUCCUGUUGACUUUCAAUUUAAUUGCCCACACCUACGCCGUCUUGUAUUGAAUGGUGUUGUUUUACAUCAUCGUUUGCAAUUUGCACAUCUGGAAGAUUUAACACACUUGGAUUUGACUUCAUGUGUUUUAGCGAAUUUCAGUCUUCAAACUCUGGAUACCCUGCCUAAACUUCAUACACUAAUACUCUUUAACGUCUGGCCCAUCGUAAAUCAAUUACCUGCCAUUUGCUGUUUACGACGUCUUCGUACAUUGGAUAUAUCGAUAUCCAGUUCAGGCAAUGGUCAUGGCACCUACGAUUUGCCAGAUCAAUCGCUUGAAAUGUUAAUGGAUAAUCUGCGAGAUUUAACACAUUUGGAUAUAUCCGGUACUAAUUUGGCUGGUAAUGGUGUGGCAACGAAAGAGUCCAGUCAUAAAUUGAAUACAGAUAUACCGGGCCUUGCGACACGGACACAAAGGCCGUUACAAUUUUUAGGGUUAUAUCAUACAGCGCAUUGGGCUUGUAAACGUCAUGAUAUACCAGCUAUAGAGAUUGCCGGCGAUGCAAAUGAACAACAAAUUUUAACUGCUGCGCGGUACUAUUACGAUAGACCAGUUCUAUUAACAAGGGUUCUCAAUGACUUAUAUCAUCUCUUCCGGUUUGAAAAUUGCAAAGAUAUACACACCGCUUUAGAUGUUGUAUUAACUGCAAUGGAUAGACAUUUAAAAUUUAAACAUAUGCAAAUAUCUGGCAGUGCGACAUUGUUUUAUAUAGUUAAGGGACGAGAUCGUUCUAAAUUUGGUACACCGCUAAGAAAUCACAUAAUACGGACUUUGCUCAAUGGAAUGGAGAUGCAUGUAAACGAUGAUACAAUGCUACGAAAUGGUUACCUUACUUUAACACAAUUUCAAAUGCCCACUGAUGUGUUAUUUGAGUAUGAACGUCUGAUUACCAUUCUUUUACAUGGAGUUUCGAAAACAGAACAAGAAGGUUUUGUGCAGAGAAUAGCUAUAUAUUUAUUAAAUACAUUGGCCUGUCAGGUUGAUGGUCGCCAAAAACUAUUUUUGGGUGAACUUGGAGUUGUAAGUACUAUGUUAAGCUUAAUUAAAGAUCGUUUAGCACGUUCGGUAUUCGAUGAUGUCAUGGAAGUGGCAUGGUCAACUAUGUGGAAUGUAACUGAUGAGACUGCUAUUAAUUGUAAGAGAUUUUUGGAUGGCCAUGGUAUGGAGUAUUUUUUGAGAUGUUUAAAUGUAAGUAAUUGUGCAUUUAGGGAACGUGAUGAAUUACUACGAAAUAUGAUGGGCUUGUUGGGCAACGUGGCCGAAGUUAAAUGGUUGAGACCAAAAUUAAUGACUCAAAAAUUUAUUGAAGUUUUUGCUGAACUAUUAUCAUCCGAAAGUGAUGGUAUAGAGGUAAGUUAUAAUGCAGCUGGUGUGCUGGCACAUAUAGCUUCAGACGGUGCAGAAGCAUGGACAAUUAAAGAACCUUCACGUGAUGAGGUUCUUAUAAGUAUGGUGAAUGCCAUAAGACGUUGGGAUAUUAAAAGUGAACGUAAUAUUAAUUACCGCAGUUUUGAACCUAUUCUAGGAUUAGUACGGUGUUAUGAAACACCACAGUGCCAACAUUGGGCUGUUUGGGCUUUGGCAAAUCUAACACAAGUGUAUCCAGAUAAAUAUUGUCAACUUGUUGAACAAGAGAAUGGAAUACAAAUACUAAAUGAACUUAUUGAUCAUCCGAGUCCAUAUGAGGAAAUUAAAGGUAUAGCGCGAAUGGUCAUCGACCAGUGUACUAAACGCCCUCGUCCCAUGUUAGAGGGCUAAAAUGACUCAAAAAAAUCUCGUUGCCACUAAGAGUGAGUGAGCGUAUUGUAGUAUAAGAAGGAAGAUUUUAAGUAAGAGAUUGUAAAAUUACAUUAAAACAAAAGAAGAGAAAACAAAACAAAAAAUGCUAAAUAAAAUAUUAAGAUUAUUAAUUAUUUUAUUUUUUUAAGUCCUGCUAUUUAACAUAAAGUUUGUUUUUUAGGUAGGUGUAGAACUUUAAAAUAAUCAAUUGUGUUAAUUGCAUUGAAAUAGUGCUCAGAAAUAUAAUUGACUUAACUUAAAUAUUAAAUACAAAAUUUUAUAUGAA